AUACCGGUUUCCGUUUUGUUCUUCAGGCCGGGUUUCUUUGGUUUUUUUUUUUCAAGAUAAGUCAUGCAAAUCACUAGACAAAGAAAACAACCACAUCAGCGUAUUCCAGACUGCGCAUAAAACCAGAACACUUCUCAACUCAAAGCUACAAGAAAAUACCUAUAAGACUAUUCUGACCAUAUAUUCCUACAAGCGUAGCAAUUCCAAGAACAAUUCUUAAAAGCGUAGCGAUUCUACGAGCUUGUCCUCUUUAAGUCGCCGUGGUUUCUCGACUCAUUGGAGCGAUCGCUCGGAUCACAGGUGAUGAAUUUGCGUAACGACCCGGGAAUUCGUGCGCUGUUUGCUGCCCGGCAAGACCUACGUUUCUAAGGAAGAACUGGUCGAUAUUUUAAGCAUCCCUGUUUUGCCUGCAACCGGCUGGGUCACUUAGCGAACGGUUGCACAAUCCAAAAUACAAGAUGUAAUAAAAACAGCAGCAGAAAUCGGCUCUGAAUGCCAUGGCGUAUAAGAAGAGAUGCAUCAUCCUGGUGACUUUCUCGAUAGGUUUCCUAUACUCUAUUACAUUCCACGCUUUCUUCAUUCCUUCCUUCAAGGUAAUAAAUCUAUUCCGUCGAUUCCAGUUCCAUCAAUUCGCAUCUCUCAAGGGACGGAGCGGAGUGUUAAUCUUAUCGUAUGGUAGAUCGGGAUCCUCGUUUCUCGGGCAGCUCUUCAACCUGCACCCGGAUGUAUUUUACAUAUUUGAGCCUCUCAAAAUGAUCCAAUCACUAGGCAGCUCUACUCGGUACCAGGACACUGCCGUGAGAAUGAUACAUGACCUACUUAACUGCAAUCUUGACGGGCACGAGGAAUUCCUGGAUUUCGUGACGAACACCCAUCACCACAGAUUCUCCAGCAGGGCCUUGACGCGACCUUUUUGCUUCAAGAACACAACAGGGACAAAGCCUAAGUUCUUUUGUCGACCCCUGAACGUUCCCGAAACAAAACACAUUUGCUCAAACCGCGUUCAUCGCGUUGUGAAAGUCUUAACAUCGCGUUUGCCUAAAUUGGACGUGUCGCUGAUUGAGGGAUUCUCUCAAGAGGGUGAAGAGGUCAAAGUACUUCACCUGGUACGCGACCCAAGAGCUGUUGUAGCAUCAUUACAGAAGGUCCGCUGGCUAGAAGCGCCGGGAACUGCAGGCGCCUCUUUUAGUUCUCGAGUGCAGACAUUUUGUGAAGCGAUGCUAGAAACAUUAGACUUUAUCCUGAAAGCUGAAGCAUCCUUAUACGGGAAGUACAAGCUUUUACGAUAUGAGGAUCUCGUCGCAGAUGUUUAUAAGACUUCUAAGGAGCUGUUCCAUUUUGUGGGCAUAGCGCGAGGGACGGAGAGUAUCAAUAGGUGGAUUAGAAUGAGUAUCAACGCCAAGACUGACGUCACAUCUGAGACAUACGAAUACCAAACAACUCGGGCUAAUAUGACAUCGCUUAUCCACGCCUGGAAAUCACGGUUGAGCGAGAAACAGAUAAGGACAGUUGAAUGGUACUGUAAGCCCAUGAUGGUAGCUCAUGGGUACACGCCUAUGUUUGUACAAUAAACAACAACAAUUUAUUAUACCCAAAAUUAAAACAUGCAGUUAAUUACAAUUCUAAUAUGCAUAUAAUACAAAAGUAUUUGUAAGUAGGUCAUAUCUAGGGACUAUGAAUCCCUUAUACGUAAGCCGAAGGUACCGCCUCUUACCGAUUAACCUUUAUUGGAGGACUUAAAAGAACCGCUAGGGACGCUGGCCCGAAGCCUCCUCCGCAGACAACUCUACUCUUUAAUGGCCUUUAUUCAGAUUCGGGAUACCCGUGUUUGCGAUUUUAGGGCGCGGGAGACUAGUACCGCCCCCUCCCCCUGUGUCAUUUUCCUCCUCUUUUCGCCACAGGAAGUCGUAAAAAAAAAACGCUUUUUUCCGUGAGAAGAGAUGCCUGCGGAGGAGGUUAGCUGGCCCGUGGUACCAUCUUCAGUGACAAUGCUUACACACUAACUCACACUCAUGAUUAUAAACUGUAUGAAGCACUCCGUAUCUACACACUGACAGGUAAAAUCAGUACAUGUGAAGCGCAUUUGAUCCUGUCUCAAGCAGUCUGUUAUGUGAUACCUGUGUUGUCAUGGGCGCGUUGUAAAAGAUAUGGGUUGUGGGCUAGAAAGAACAGGAAUAAAACACGAUCCAAUAUAAA